UUACAGGAUGCUGAUGGCAAAGUCAGCAGGGUGAUCCGUGUUGGCACCAGAAAAAGCCAGCUGGCUCGGAUUCAGACAGACAGUGUUGUAGAGAAACUCAAGGAGUUACACCCUGAUGUUCAUUUUGAAGUAGUGGCUAUGUCAACAACAGGAGAUAAAAUUCUUGACACAGCUUUAUCCAAAAUUGGUGAAAAGAGUCUCUUCACAAAAGAACUGGAAAAUGCUUUGGAAAAAAAUGAGGUGGACCUGGUCGUGCACUCUUUGAAAGACUUGCCAACUGUUCUUCCUGAAGGCUUCACUAUAGGAUCUGUGCUGAAGCGAGAAAACCCCCACGAUGCUGUUGUUUUGCACCCCAAACAUAAAGGCAAAUUUCUAGAAUCUCUAGCCAAAAAGAGUGUUGUAGGUACCAGUUCUCUUCGCCGGGCCGCACAACUAAAGAAAAGAUUUCCCCAUCUGGAGUUUAAAGACAUUAGAGGUAAUCUCAACACUCGUCUAAAGAAGCUGGAUGAAAAGGAUGACUUUUCAGCCAUAAUUUUAGCAGCAGCAGGUCUUCGGAGAAUGGGCUGGGAGAAUCGCAUCAGCCAGAUCCUUGGGCCUGAUGACUGCAUGUAUGCAGUUGGACAGGGCGCUCUGGCAGUCGAAGUGAGAGCUCGAGACCAGGACAUCCUGGAAAUGGUGUCAGUAUUAAAUGACUCGGACACUGUGUUGAGAUGCAUCGCGGAGAGAGCCUUUCUCAAACACCUGGAAGGGGGAUGCAGUGUUCCAGUUGCUGUUUACACUGAAGUUAAGAAUUCACAGCUCUACCUGACUGGAGCGGUGUACAGUCUCGAUGGUUCAGACAGUCUGAAGGAGACCAUGCAGACAAGCAUCAGCUCUGACAAUCAGGCUGAGGAACAGGAGAAGGUUGAUGAGAAGGUCCAGCGUGUGGGCAUCACUGCUUUAAAGGUGUCAGAAGCAGCCCAGGACGCCGCAGUGAAGUUAGGAGUGGACCUCUGAAAUCUGCUGCUCAGCAAAGGGGCCAAAGAGAUACUGACUGUAGCCAGACAGCUUAAUGAUGUGCGAUAGGUAUAUAAUAGUCCAUAUUUGUAGCUGAAGACCAACCACCCCUUCCAGAAGUAUUUUUAUAGAUUUCAGUGUCAACAAGUGUUAUCGUGUCAUCCUAUUGCCUUUAUAUUUUGUGUGUUAUUAAG